AUGUCUCCCGUAAAAACGAAGACUACUAUCUUCAGCCUUUUGGUUGCCGCAAGCUCGGCUGGGCAAUUUCUUGCACAACUCCCUCAGACUCUUACCACUGAUCCCGAGAUCUCGGGAAAACUUAUCUAUGUGCCGUCUCUAGGAUCCACGUCUAGCGUUGCAGCGCCUGUUGCUGUUCCCAGUCUCGGUUACAAUUGCUACAAUCUGCCUCUGGUUUGCGAAAGCAUUGGAAGCUGGGCUAGAACAGUGCACCCGAGCGGAAACGGCGAUCUAAGUCAGGCUCAGAUAUUCUAUUUUGACCCGGAUGAGGCCCACGAAGACAGACGUCGUGAAGUCGCCUGUGGGUGUGUCCAUCAUGACGGGUGUUUAAACGCAGUGUCAAAUGGUAAACAAGCCGGAGAGAACGUGCGAACUAUAGCGAGGGGUGGCGGGAAUGUCAAUGUGCUCUCUGACAUAUCUUUCUCGAACUUCAAAAUCAUAUUAGCUGGCAUAAACCCCCCCAGAAAUCCUACAACAGGGCAGUCGACGACCCCGCAGCUGUCUCUGGAUAGCAUACCAGGACGACUCUUUGCAGAGGGCGUGGCGUUCAGCUGCGAUGAAAUUCCCGCCGCAACGGUUAUCAAUGGUGGAAUGAACGCCAAGACUAGCUGCGCUCUACAGAGCUGGUAG